UCUUCAAUCAAUCUCGCCAAUUCAGUUUUUCUUCCGAUCUAAGUUCACGCCGGAGACCGAGAAACCCUUCCCUCUCCAGAGAAAGAAGGAGAUAUGGGGAUAAUGAAGAGAAGCUUCUCUUUCCUAACGGGAACAGCGUGCGGGAUCUACAUCGCUCAGAACUACAAGGUUCCUAACAUCAACAAGCUUGCCCACUGCGCCGUCUCAAUGGUCAAGGAACUUGAAAAGAGAUAUCGCAAACCCGAACGUAGUGACGACGUUUGACAUAUCCCACACCCAUAUAAUAUUGCUUCAAUUUUCAGCUGUUUUGAUCAUCGGUUUACUUGCAUGUAA